UUCUCAACAUUUUUCAGGUGGUUCAAACACAAACCAUGGCAGCUCAUAGCCUAUACUUACCAUAGUUAAUGGUAUUGUGUCUUCAUUUUGUGCCCAUGUCACGAAAACAUUCUCAAGCAUUUGCCCCCUUCGUUCCAGCUCCUCCCCUUUCAUUCGUUCCAUUUUUUCUCUUUCCAUCCGUUUCACUUGUGCGCUUGCUUUUAACGUCACCAACCGAUUUGCAUCAAUCUCAAAAAUCUCGCUCUUCAGGUCUUCUGCGACCUUCCUCAAGCCUUUGGCAUAUGGUGAAGCUUCUGGGAAAUUACUAUACCUUGGAUUAUUUCGCAUUAAGUACUGUGCUAAAUAAUUCACUGGAUUAAAAUUUGACACUGCCGUUUCAGUAUCAACAAGUUCGCGUUUUUCUGCUUCUGUCAAUAAUUUCUCCAAGCCCAUUAUUAGAGAAGGAAACAAGUUCUCUAUCAAAUAAAUCCGAAGGUCAAUAGUCGCUGGAUUAUUGUUCAUCCAUUCUCGGGCCAGCACGUCCAAAGGCACGAGUCUAUUUUGAGGAAACGCCAUAUCUCGCAAACGUUUCUUACGCUCAGAUUUAGCUUUCUCGAUUCGCUUGUUUAUGGUCGCUUCAUGCUUUGAUUUCCAGCGACGAACAGAGUUUCUUGCAAGCUGUGCAACGUACGGCGAUGCUAUGCGUUUUGGGCUUUCUUGCUCAAAUUCUCAAAUUCAUUUUGAUUUUUUACGUCAGUAAUUGACCUUUGCGCGAGCACAGAGUCUGUCAUUUCGCCAGCCUUCGAUCUAGUUCAAUUCUGAAUUGUCCACGAAUAUAAUUUCCCAAAUCUUAUUAAAUUUCCGAACAAUAUAAAUCUUAACUUUGUCCCUUUUUAAGCCAGAAAUUUAAAGCAAUAUACAGUAAAUAUGUAGACAUAUUAAAAGAAAUUGACCACCUUUGACUCAAAACGUGGAUUUGUUGUAGCACGGUUGUAGUGAUGUACAGUGAUUUGCAGUAAUUUUUCCCCUCGGUUUCCAAGGAUACCGCAUAAACAGCUUGUUCUUUUGACUAUUCAAAUUACACUUAAAUAUUCAAAUUAAACACGGAAACGGAAAGUUGACAGACAGACACUUGCACCCUGCUAGUACUAUAAACUAAAACUAUUUACAUGAUGUGAAAAUACACGAUAUCACAACCAUUUCUCAAGUUGGUUCUCUAACGAUAAAAAGUUUAAAAUGGUGUGUAUUCUGAGUGCUGCUCAGUCGACUCUACAAGCGACAUUGCGACCAGCAAUCUGGCUUCCGGGUAUCAGAAGUUUGCAUUCUUGUAGUGAGAGGUAUUAUUACUGUAGAUUCUUCGUGCUUUUGUUUGCAUGAAUUGUCAAAAUUCGAUAUUCUAACAUUCAUAUACAAUUCCACAAGAAAAUAAUACUUGAAUUUCGCGAUCAUACGGUAUAAAUAUAGUAUAUAUUAUAGUUUAUAUGGUCGAUAUAAAGUUGAAAAUCCAGUGCUUUUAAUGUAAAUAAUAUAUCACAUGAUAGCAGCUAUUUAUAGGAAAAGAAAUGGAAAUAUUAUUCUACAUAAUUGUUACACCAAUGUAGCAAAUUAAUCAUGUUCUGUAUUAAAUUUGCAACAAUUUAUAGUUUAUUGCAUCCUGGAAUGUUCUCAUUUCUAAUCUAUUAAUAAAUAUAAGUCAGUGUUAUUAAUAUUAUAUAUUAACAAUACUGUAGUAAUAUUAACAAGUUUAAAUUUAAUUUUUAUCAAUAACUUUUCCAGGUGGGAAAUAACCGAGCUUACUCCGGCAAUAUGUGUUCAAAAAGUUGUCGAUGCCAUCGCAAGAUUGGCAGAGAAGGAAAAAAUCUUUUUACACAAGGUAACGGCACAACUUUGCAAAGUCAAAGCAAUACAGCCCUGGCCCCCGGCAAUCUGAUAAGAGGUGCAUUGAUAGCAAGUUGCACUUACUCCAACCUUUCCUUAAUUAGCUGCAUAUGAAAUAUAUUUUCAUAUUCAUUUUAGGUUGAUAGAGAGAGAAAUAUUGUCCAGAUUUUUAGCUAUACAAAAGCAGAAUGGCUGGAUAUUGUUGAAAUUGAAUUCUAUCCCGGUCAAUUUUCUGGCACUGAAGGGAAAGUAAGUCAUUGAGUUUAAUAAAACAGAAACACAUGCUUUUUCUGUACAUGUCAUAUCGGUUUCCAAAGUAAAAUCAUGACCAUGCAGCUGGGUUAUUCCAACAAAAGUAUAAGCAAAGUUAGUAUCAGUAAUUAACUCUUAAUUCUUAACUACAAUAUACUCUGAGUAAUUAAAAUUCAAUUAUUUGUUUCAGGCCAGAUCUUUCUCGUCAGGUCUACUACCAGUAUGGGUUCCUUUAUCUUUUGUCUUUAACACGGUAAGGUUAUAGUCAACAAAAAGAGUGACUGCGAAGCAGACUAGUAAGGUUACAGUACAUUAUAAUUUUCCAGGCCACAGUAAACAUAACAUAUUAAAUACCUAACUCUGACAACUAAAUACUAAAUACUAUCCUUUCUUUUUCAAUAGAUUUUCUUUUUUGUGCCAUUCUACGACAACCAAUUUAACAAAAAGAGAUUGGCAAGAAUCAAAGAAGCAAUGCACCUAGAUAGACUUGACCAAGUUGAGCAACAGACCUAGUCUGAGCUUCAGAGCUUAUAUUAAAUACUAAUUAGUGAUAUUUUUUAUUUUGUGUUAAAUAUAUGAUAAUAUUUGUAUUUAUUUUCACACAAAUUUUUGCUGUUUUGUUUUGUUUUAUGAGAUAAUAAAAAUUUUUUUUAUGUUAACACAGUUGACAUCGAUAUAAUUAGCUGUGAUUGCAACUAAUGGCAAGCCUUUCAAGCAAGUAAGCUGAAUAUUUCAUUAAUACGUUACCAAUAACUGAAUAGCAAUUUCGAUUCAAACUCUCAGACUUGACUCAUUGUCGAUUGUAGGAAAUUUAUUGCCCAUCCAAUUCAUCUGUCAAAUCUUUUGCUUUCACCUUCUUUUUUG